UUCCAUCCCCCGAUCACUUUUGAUGCACGCGCUGAACGGAGCCGACCGCGUCUGUGCAACAACGGCGCACCCCCGACCUCAGCAUGCCAGAACGAUCAAACGGCCCUGUGCAUGCGCGCGCCCUGGACAUGCGAGCCUAGCACGAGAGGUGGAGAGGGAUCUGUCACGUCACGACCUGUCUGCGAGCGAAAAAAGGCUUCAAACUGCAAGGCAAUGAACUCCCAGAGCAGCGCCACUUCGCACCAGCGAGGGCUGUUGAUGCAUGUUUCCUGUGCCCACAAGAGUAGAGAGGGGGAGGAAGGAGACGGGUGGCCCGCGUCCCACUCCGCCCCCCACACUCUUCGGAUGGCUGCCUCGGCUGCGGUGGGCGGUGGGCCGCUCCCUCCGCCGGCAUCGCUUGUUGGGGCGGGCGCCCGGCAAAAAAAACACGCGAGCGAGCGCAGGGAAUAAUUAAACUGAUGGGCCCAUUUUCCACCACCACUGCCAUAUGCAGGAGAGGGAGAAGGAGGAGGAGGAGGACGAGGAGGAGGAGGAGGAGGACCUCCUCGUCCUCCCUUCUCCCCCGACCUACACAUGGUAGUGGUGGUGGAAACUUACCCAUCAUAACCAAAGAGACACAGCCGCACAACGAGCGCACGGAAGAGCAGGACCUGGAGGCGGAGGCCAACGAGCGGGAGAGCGCGAGGACGGCGAGGGGCGAGGAGGGGAUGGAGCGACAGAAAGACAGAGAGGGAGCGCGAGGGCGGGGAAAGGCGUCCGUCUCUGGGGCUCCAUACAACCCCGAUGGGCUCCUGGUGCCGCGCGCGAGGGCGGGCUGUCGCAUCUACUAGACGUCCGGAUACCCUCGCACAUGGCAAGCCAUCUCUGCGGGUCCGUGCACCAGCCCUGGGCCCUCCGCGCGCAUAUCCUUUGAGCAGCGCGAGAGAGGGGGCGGCUCCUACAUGAAAUGCUACUGCGUACUCCUAAAAAUGCUCGCGAGGCUCCUGCUCCUCGCAGCCCGCCUACCGCUCACCGUCUUGCGCCGGAUCCUCGGGAAGGGCCCUCUUGUGCCCCCCCUGGAACCCUUGGCCUGGCCACCACGCCGUAUAGCGAGGGCAGUCCGAGGCUAUCCGUGACCGCCCGAGGCUAACUACCUGAAGCUAGCCGAGGUCGCCCGACGCCGCCCAGUCGCUGGGUAACGAUGCGCUGGUCGGGGCAGGGGUGGCCCCUCGACGCCCUGGG